AUGGCGGCUCGCUAUGAUGUGAGGUCCAAGCUUGUCCGCACUGUACCCUCUGAGUACAUAAUAUCCCCGAAUCCUGACCCAAACGACCCCAAGUUACCCACGCCUCCUAUCGGCACUUGCCGACAUUACUUGUCAACUCCGGCUGGUCACCUCGAGAUACUUUACGCUUUGCCCGGCCAUGCGACAAUCGAUUCAUCAGUUGAAGAGUCAUGGAAGGCACCCGUUCUCUUCCUACACGGUGGAUUCGGUUCAGCCAACUGCUACUCCAACUUCCUCCCGUGGUUUGCGGAACGUGGUCGACCAGCCUAUUCACUGUCAGAUGUCUUUGCCGAAGAUGUUAUUGCGGCCCUCAAAUUCAUACGCAAACGACAUGCCAAUGUAGGCCCUAUUACCUUGGUUGGACAUUCAGCUGGUGGAGGAUUAGCGCAGUAUAUAGUUGGUAAUGGUAGGGCAGAGGGAGUUAGAAAGCUGGUUGUUUUGGCGGGGAUUCCCAGCUUCGGAGCAUGGAGAAUAUACCUAAAUUGGCUUAUACUUGAUCCGUGGUUCUUGGUUAGAGCAUUAUGGGAUCUCUACCACCCUCGCACAGCACUCUCUUCCACUAAACUCGUUCACCGCGCGUUCUUUUCGCCAAACUACCCAAUCAAGAAGGUCCAGGCGUUUGAAGCUGAGAUGGCCCCAUUUGAAUCCAUGUCAUGGCCUAUGGGAAUGAUGUUCCCAUUUGUCUCGCCCAUGCGGGUCCUCAACAAUCUUGGCAUCCACGGCUCAAAGACUCCACUUCUUACCAUUGCCGGAGCACAAGACACCCUCGUCAGUGUACCUAUCAUGCGGCGUCUAGCUCACUUGUAUGCGGCUACCAGUAUUGGAAUAUAUGGCAGCAUAACCAAAACCAAGAGGAAACUCGAGUUUGCAGAUGUAUCGAAUAUACAGGAUGGAUUCGUAUCCGGGAUUACCCAGACAGACGAAAAUAACGGGAAAGUAUGGUUCGCUGAAAUCAAAUCGCCAGGAGCGGGGCAUAACUUGAUGAGAGAUGAUGGGUGGGAGAAGUGUGCGAGGGUAAUUGAUGUGUUCUUGGACGAGUGA